GGCGGGGUAGGGCGCACACAGCUGGGCUCCGGGGCGGGCGGCGCUGAGCGAGCCAGGCAGGCCCCAUGGCCGCCAGCCGGGCGUCCAACGGCCGCGCCGCGCACCCCAGCGGGGGGCUGAAGCGCGCGCGCAGCGAGCCGGCCGGCAGCAGAGUGACCGUGGUGCUGGGGGCGCAGUGGGGGGACGAAGGCAAAGGGAAGCUGGUUGACCUGCUGGCCACCGAGGCGGAUAUCGUCUGCAGGUGCCAGGGUGGGAAUAAUGCAGGCCACACUGUCGUCGUUGAUGGGAAAGAAUAUGAUUUUCACCUCUUUCCUAGUGGCAUAAUUAAUCCAAAGGCAAUUUCCUUCAUUGGUAAUGGGGUGGUAAUACAUUUACCAGGCUUGUUUGAAGAAGCUGAAAAAAAUGAAAAGAAAGGUUUAAAGGAUUGGGAGAAAAGACUCAUCAUAUCAGAUAGAGCACACAUUGUGUUCGACUUUCACCAGGCAGUUGAUGGACUUCAAGAAGUACAGCGUCAAGCACAAGAGGGAAAAAAUAUUGGUACUACAAAGAAAGGAAUUGGACCAACAUAUUCUUCCAAAGCUGCACGAACAGGCCUUCGUAUUUGUGACCUCCUUUCAGACUUUGAUGAAUUUUCUUCAAGGUUCAAGAAUCUGGCACACCAAUACAAGUCAAUGUUUCCCACUUUGGAAAUAGACACAGAAGGGCAACUGAAAAAACUAAAGGGGUAUGCUGAAAAAAUAAGACCAAUGGUCCGAGAUGGUGUUUAUUUUAUGUAUGAAGCUCUUCAUGGCUCCCCAAAGAAAAUUCUUAUUGAAGGUGCCAAUGCAGCACUACUUGACAUUGACUUUGGCACGUACCCAUUUGUGACAUCAUCAAACUGUACCGUGGGUGGUGUAUGCACUGGACUUGGUGUUCCUCCUCAGAACAUUGGCGAAGUAUAUGGUGUGGUGAAGGCAUACACUACUAGAGUGGGAAUUGGAGCCUUUCCCACUGAGCAGAUAAACGAAAUUGGAGACAUCUUGCAGUCCCGAGGCCAUGAAUGGGGAGUAACCACAGGCAGAAAAAGGCGCUGUGGCUGGUUGGACCUUGUCAUUUUGAGAUACGCGCACAUGAUCAAUGGAUUCACUGCUCUGGCAUUAACAAAACUGGAUAUUCUGGAUGUCCUUGAUGAGAUUAAAAUCAGUGUUGCUUACAAACUGGCUGGAAAAAGAAUUCCAUAUUUUCCAGCUAAUCAGGAGAUACUGCAGAAGGUGGAAGUAGAGUAUGAAACAAUGCCUGGGUGGAAGACUGACACGACCGGGGCGAGGAAAUGGGAGGAUCUCCCACCCAAGGCACAGAAUUAUAUUCGAUGUGUGGAAAACCACGUUGGAGUGCCAGUAAAAUGGGUUGGAGUUGGAAAAUCAAGAGAGUCGGUGAUACAGCUAUUUUAAACAAAGAACAUCAGUGAUGAGAAGCACAAUUUAAUGUUCAUUUGUUCCUUACUACUCCCACGUUAAAAUGGAGAUGCUGUUUAAAACCAAAAUGUUCUUCUAGGAAAUGAUUAGAAAGAAAUAUAUAUUGUAUACAUUAAUAUUUUCAUUUAUCAGUAAAUGCAAAUAGUCAGUGAUAAAAAUCUGUUUGGUAGCCACCAUCUUUAUCUCACACACAUAUGCGCAAAAGCAUAAAGAAGUCAGUAACUGAAUAAGAACAGGAAUGAAAAAUCAAGUGUUUUUCUUUCUUUUUCUCUGACUUGAGCCAUGUUGCUAUUCAGAAGUGUUUUACGUCCAUAUGGAGUUAUUUCUUCGGACUGUUGACAAUACUGAACGUUUUCCAGUCGUUACUGAACGACUGGAAAAGCUGAAGUUAUUCUUCAAAGGGAAAUGUUAUAAUUCCUGUUUCUGUGGGUUGGCAGCAAUAGGACAUAUAUAUUGCAUUUAAAAUUGGCCUGGUUAUGUAGAUCCUCAAUCCCUAAAACACAAUAAAAUUAGGUAGGCAUUUUUGAUUACACAAAGCAAGGCAAAUGCGAUUAGCUUGAAGCCUGAGAUUUUUUUUACAACCUAUUAAAUAAAUGGGAGAGAAGCUACAGUGAUUGUAUCACACAGUGACACAAGCCAGUAACUGAGGUAACUUUUGGGGAUGAGCCAAACUGGAGAUAGCUGAGCUGCCUAUGUAUUUCCUUCAAAUCUCCUGUUUACCAACAGGCACCCCACAUGGAGGCUGGCAGAGGAGCUUUCCUUCCCUCAAAAUAAAGGAAAUCAGAGGAGUGGUGAAGGGUUUAAAGGGCCCCCAAAGCCACAGAAAUGGCAUGUGGGGGAGGGAGGGAGUAGAGUCAGUGCAGCAUGUUGCACCUUCUCCCUGAAUCUGAGAUGUGUCUCCAUGCAAAGACUGUACGUCUGGAGCAACCCGGAUUUUGUUGGGCAUAGGUGGUGAGGCACUGGAGAGCGCCAGCUGUAUGGUGGCAUGCUGUCCUCCAAAUCUGGUGCAUUUCCAAGCAUAAAUCUGUGUAUGAUUUAAUGCUGCUAGUCGCAGCCUUAACUCUCUUUCCCAGCUUUUGACCCCAUUCACCAAACUGUAGGCGGUGAUACCUGGUGCUAAAGGAGCAGGGGCGGCUCUAGACAUUUCGCCGCCCCAAGCACGGCGGCAUGCCGCGCGGGGCGC